AUGCCAGAGACUUCGAAAUUUUUUCGGCAACUCUGGGGUUUUAACAUCAUGCCAAAAUGGAAAAUUUUUAUAUGGAAAAUAUGGCACAACAGUUUGGCCACAUCAUCUAAUUUAUUCCAACGAGGGAUCUCGAAUAUUAAUCAAUGCCAAACUUGUUUACAUGACAAUGAGGACGAGCAAUAUAUUUUCCAGUUUUACCCCCUCGCCAUAGAGGCUUGGGAAGGAAAUGAGCUUCAAAUCCAUUCCCAUCACCAACUGGAUUUUUCGCUUGCACAAUGGCUUGCUUUAUGGUUCGGAAAGUACCUUAAGGAAGAUGGGUAUGGAGGACUACGACUACCGCAGUUUAUAGGUACUCUGUGGGCUAUCUGGAAGGCUAGGAACGCGCAAAUAUUUCGGCAGGUGCGGGCUACUCUAGAGGAAGUAAGGGUCAAUGCAAGAGAAGGGGAGCAAAAUCAUGCUCGCUUCAUCGCGAACGAUUCUCCGUCGAUUAUUCCUCCUCCAGCGCCCAACUAUGAAUCUCCUCCUGGCUUUAUAUUCACAUGUCUAGGGCAGUCGGAGAUUGGUAAUUCGGAUAUUAUUAUACAAACAGAUGGAUCAUGGGAUAAAAAUUCGGGAUUUGGGGGAGCUGCUUAUGUAGCCCAUCAGCAAGGGCAGCUCAUUGGAAGCCAGGGAGCGUUUCUGUAUGCGUUUUCAGCUCUUCAAACAGAAGUCGCGGCAUGUCUCUUAGCCAUCAGAUGGGCGAGAACAACUACUUUCUCAAGAAUUCUCCUUAUAACAAACUCAAUGGCUCUGGUUCAAUUUCUAAGAAAUCCAUCACAUGCUGAUAUAAAUAUUCAACAUACUUUAACGGAUAUCCGGGAGGAAGCUAGUACCAUUCUAUGGUGUCGCAUUUUGAAAGUUCAUAGGGUUCAAGUCCAGCAGGCUCAUACGAUAGUUUUAAGUAGUAUGAACUAUAGAUUUAGUAAUGUUUAA